CAAUCCUGUUAGUGCUAGUGGCAAGUGACAACGAUUGUCAGCAAGUUAUACCUCUAACAUUUCGGAAUCUUUUUUGUGGAACUUUGAUGCUUUCCGCAGAAGCAGCUCAGAGAUAAUUUCAUACAGUGCCAUAUACAGUAUUUUUCUCAUGAAUUUCUUAAACUAUUAAGGAUUGAUGCACAUCUUUUGCACUAUUAGAUGUUAGGUAUUAGUAUUGUCUAUAAUCUUGUCUACGUCGUAGCAAUUUCUCAAUAGGUCAGCAUUUUCUGGUAGCCAGCUUAAAAAUGACUCUGGAACUACACAUGCCAGCAGAAAAUCCAAUUUACAAAUUUGCUUGGCUCAUUUUAUGUCUAAAUCUGAGCUGCUUUACGUUUCACAGUUAUUGAGUUACUGCCGUUGAAUUUGGACUGAGAAUGUGACAAGUCCUGUUUUGUGUUUAUGACACUAAACUCUUUUCCUCCUAUCAUUUUUUUAUUCCCAAGUAGUUCAGGUUUUAGUCCCGGUGGAGUAACUGGUCAUUACAGAAAGAGGUACUACCAGCAAAGAAAAACGCACACCAGCGGACAGCACAGAGGGCUGCCAAGAGGGUGCAAAAGGUAGAGCAACGGCCACAACAGGGUGAGGGAGUGAGACUAGAACUAGAAACCUGAAGGAGGCGCGCACACGUGGUGAAACGGACGCAGGAACAAAAACAAACGCCAACACAAUCUAGCAGCUAAAUCAUUUUUGUUAUGAUGUUCUUCUUAGGUCUAUAUACCUAGCAUAUAAGCUGGUGCUUGUUGCUGCUUUCAGAGCCGAUCAUGAAUACUACUCAGAAAGUUGAUCCGGUGGAACCAUCUGCUAAGGUUUUCAAACAAGCCUCACAAUUCAAAAGAUGGGGGCGAAAACAUCCUUUUGUUCGAUAUGGGUUACCACUCAUUUCCUUGACAGUGUUUGGUGCAGUUGGGCUGGCGCAUCUUAUACAGGGCAGCAAAGAAGUAACAAAGGAAAAGGAGGAUAUCGAAUGGGAGGUUGUAGAAACAACAAAAGCUUUAAGCCGAACAGGGCCAGUGGAAGGGGCCUAUAAACCAAAGAAGCUCUCUCUAGAGGAUGAACUGAAGGCUCUGCAGCAAAAGGUUGACAUAAACAGCUACGACUACAAGCCGAUCCCGAGACCCAAUGAAAAAUAAGUGAAGUAUAGCAUAGCAUCAUUUACCAGCAUCAGGAAUUCAGGAGUGGAAAUUUUCUUGAUAGUUUCUUCUUGUUGUUGUUUCAAAAGUUCUGUAUGAUUGUACGGUGCGGACCAAAAGUAUGAGAUUAGAAGAGGAACACUCCAGCACUGUGUCAUCAGAACUUUAUCUUUCUGCUCCAUUAGCCACCAGCUGCAGCCUUGUAGAGAAUUACGACGAUCAUACGAGUGAAUAAGUUGUCAACAGACCUGCAACUGCAAGUGAAAUAUCACGUUUCGUGUAUGACAUUUCUUCUUGGAAGAUAUUUUGAA